AUGUCUCCCAAUUCCCUACAACCAUUGUUACCAGGGAUCAAUGUCUCACAACCAAUCUUACCAGGGAUCAAUGUCCCACGACCACUGUUACCAGGGAUCAAUGCCCCACAACCACUGUUAUCAGGGAUCAAUGCCCUAAAACUACUAUUACCAGGGAUCAAUGUCCACAACCAGUUACCAGGGAUCAAUGCCCCACAACCACUGUUACCAGGGAUCAAUGCCCUACAACUACUGUUACCAGGGAUCAAUGCCCCACAACCACUGUUACCAGGGAUCAAUGCCCUACAACCACUGUUACCAGGAAUCAAUGUCCCACGACCACUGUUACCAGGGAUCAAUCCCCCACAACCACUGUUACCAGGGAUCAAUGCCCUACAACUACUGUUACCAGGGAUCAAUGCCCACGACCAGUUACCAGGGGUCAAUGCCCCACAACCACUGUUACCAGGAAUCAAUGCCCCACAACCACUGUCACCAGGGAUCAAUGCCCCACAACUACUGUUACCAGGUAUCAAUGCCCCACAACCACUGUCACCAGGGAUCAAUGCCCCACAACCACUGUUACCAGGAAUCAAUGCCCCACAACCACUGUCACCAGGGAUCAAUGUCCCACAACCACUGUUACCAGGGAUCAAUGCCCUACAACUACUGUUACCAGGGAUCAAUGCCCACAACCAGUUACCAGGGAUCAAUUCUCCACAACCACUGUUACCAGGGAUCAAUAAUGCCCCACAACCACUGUUACUAGGAAUCAUGUACUCCGAGGGUGGUCAUGCUCGUUUGGUAUCAAUAAUUAUAGUUAUAUUGACCGUGUAUAAAAUUGAUAUAAACAUGUAG